AUGGCGCUGCUGCUAAGGACCUUGGCCCGUCAGGGGUUGUGUGUCUCCAGGCCGCGAUGCAGUGUCCUCUACGUCAGAAAUGCUGCUCCAAUGGGAACCACUGCCAAGGAGGAGAUGAACAAGUUUUGGGCAAAAAAUACCCGAUUGAACCGACCUAUGUCUCCUCACCUAACCAUUUACAAAUGGUCUGUCCCCAUGAUGAUGUCCAUCACGCACAGAGGAACUGGAGUUGGCCUCAGUGGAGCCAUUUCUGCUUUCGCCGUGGCCGCUCUGGUCCUGCCCGGUAGUUAUCCGCACUAUCUGGAUCUCAUCCACUCCUUGUCGGUUGGCCCCUUCCUCAUCGCCCUGGCCAAAAUUGGCAUCGCCUUCCCCGUGUCCUACCACACCUUCAACGGAAUCCGCCAUUUGUGGUGGGAUAUCGGCAAAGGCUUCAAAAUUCCUGAAGUGUACCGUAGUGGCUAUACCGUGAUCGGCCUGUCUGUCAUCACUGCCAUCGCCACCGCCAUAUUCCUCUAA